AUGUCUCUAGUUGCCUAUGCCAGCAGCGAAGAGAGCGAGCCGGACGAAGCGGAGCCCGAGGAGGAGGCGGCCACCUUGGUCCCGGCCACUGGACCUAGCCUGGGGGGCCUCCUCGCCUCCCUCCCGCUGCCCAAGGGUCCUGCCCUGCUGCCACCGGCCCUUCCCCCGCCGCUGGCCGGAGACCCCCGGCUGCAGCCCCCACCCCCGCUGCCCUUCGGCCUAGGUGGCUUCCCCCCGCCCCUGGGCCUCAGUCUGGCAGAAGCAGCGGGGGUGGGAGAGGGGCUGGGACUGGGGCUGCCCCUGCCUCGGGCUCCAGGCCUCAGACUGCCCCCUCCGAUCGGCGGUGCUGGGCCCCCUCUGGGGCUCCCCAAGCCAAAGAAGAGGACCAGGGAGCCCGUGCGGAUCUCGGCCCCCGCGCUGCACCAGGGACAUUCAGAUUCAGAGGAAGAUGAACCUACAAUGAAGAAAACUGCUCUUCAGGGAUCUGGCGAAGGGACAGGUUUAUCAGCUUUGCUUCCCCAACCCAAAAACCUGACCACAAAAGAGACUAACCCAUCGCUCCUGCCCUACGCCUUCUCUCGAAAACCCACUGAUGUCUCUGCCAACACCAAGCUCUCCAAACCAGCCCCCAAGACCAAAUCUGCGUCUUCUACUUCCUCCUCUGCCCCUGUUGUGGGUGCCACCACUACUACCCCACCACCCUCAGCCAUCAAAGCAGCUGCCAAGAGUGCUGCCCUACAAGUGACAAAGCUGAUCACACAAGAGGAGGAUGACAGUGAUGAGGAAGUAGCCCCUGAGAACUUCUUCUCCCUUCCAGACAAGGCUGAGCCUCCUGGAGCUGAGCCAUACCCUUACCCUGUCCCUGCUACCUCUGAAGAGCCACCCCCAGGCACAGAGCCAGAUCCCACUUUUCAGGACGAUGGGGCCAAUGCUCCCCUUGAAUUCAAGAUGGUGGCUGGCUCAAGUGGGGCUCCCUGGGUGCCUAAGCCUGGGGAUGACUACAGCAGUCAGCCCUACAACCAGUUCCCUACAUAUGGUGACGCUAAUGCCACUGGCGUUUACUAUCAGGAUUAUUACAGUAGUGGCCACUACCCUGAGUCUGAUCCAGCCUUAGCUCCCCCCCAGGAGAUUACCCCAGACGCCUCUUUCAUUGAUGAUGAAGCGUUCAAGCGGCUUCAGGGCAAGAGGAACCGAGGAAGGGAGGAGAUUAACUUUGUGGAGAUCAAAGUGGAUGACCAGCUCAGUGGGGCCCAGCAGUGGAUGACCAAGUCCUUGACAGAAGAAAAAACUAUGAAGUCAUUCAGCAAGAAGAAGGGUGAGCAGCCAACAGGCCAGCAGAGGCAAAAACACCAAAUCACAUAUCUGAUUCACCAGGCUAAGGAGCGAGAGUUGGAGCUGAAGAAUACCUGGUCAGAGAACAAGCUUAGUCGUCGGCAGACCCAAGCCAAAUAUGGAUUCUAGGCUUCUGGAACUGAUUCCUCAAGGAUCCC